CUGACUCACUGAAUCACAAAUUCCUCAUCAAAAUUCAAAUGGCAAGUGUUAUUAAUCUUUCAACUUCCAUCUCCCUCCUCAAAUCCGAUCUGUGUUCUUCCAAACACAUCGCCGACGUGGUGCUCCUUCACGCCAAGCCUCCAACAAUAUGGAAAUCGCGACCACUCUGCCACCAACCCGCAUCAAUGAGCUUCACUCAAAUUUCCUCCUCCAAUGGCUUUCCACCUCUUGAAGACAGCGACAGGUCAAACUCUCCCUUUGAGGUUCUCCCUGCUGAUUACGGUGUCCACGUGGGAGCGGUGACUUCCGAUUUACGCAGGAAAACUAAGAUAGUGUGCACGAUAGGUCCCGCUACCAGCUCCCGUGACAUGAUAUGGAAGCUUGCCGAAACUGGAAUGAACGUGGCGCGAUUGAAUAUGUCCCAUGGGGACCAUGCAUCGCACCAGAAGACCAUUGAUUUCGUUAAAGAAUACAAUGCUCAGUUUCAAGACAAUGUUAUAGCUAUCAUGCUUGACACCAAGGGUCCUGAAGUUAGGAGUGGGGAUGUACCUCAGCCAAUUUUACUCAAGGAAGGUCAAACAUUCAAUUUCACCAUUAGGAGGGGUGUCUCCACUGAAGACACUGUCAGUGUCAAUUAUGAUGACUUUGUCAAUGAUGUUGAGGUUGGAGACAUAUUACUCGUUGAUGGGGGAAUGAUGUCUCUUGCUGUUAAGUCAAAGACAAAUGACUCAGUUAAAUGUGAAGUGAUUGAUGGUGGAGAAUUGAAAUCUAGGCGUCAUUUGAAUGUCCGGGGAAAAAGUGCAACACUUCCUUCCAUAACUGAGAAGGAUUGGGAAGAUAUCAAGUUUGGGGUAGACAAUCAAGUAGAUUUUUAUGCUGUCUCAUUUGUCAAGGAUGCAAGAGUGGUUCAUGAGUUAAAAGACUACCUCAAAAGUCAUAAUGCUGAUAUACAUGUGAUUGUAAAAAUUGAAAGUGCGGAUUCUAUACCAAAUCUUCAUUCAAUACUUUCAGCUUCAGAUGGGGUUUGUUUCUUGAAGGCUGAACUUCCAUUGUGGAGAUUUCGUAUCUUUAAUAAUAUCUUCCGGAUAAAAAGGACUGAAAUCUAUGCCAUGGUUGCUCGUGGUGACCUUGGAGCUGAACUUCCAAUUGAGGAAGUUCCUUUACUGCAGGAGGAUAUCAUAAGAAGAUGUCAUGGUAUGCAAAAGCCGGUUAUUGUGGCAACAAAUAUGCUUGAAAGCAUGAUUGCUCAUCCUACACCAACAAGGGCAGAAGUGUCAGACAUUGCAAUUGCCGUAAGAGAAGGUACAGAUGCCAUCAUGCUUUCUGGAGAAACUGCUCAUGGAAAAUAUCCAUUGAAAGCUGUUAAAGUUAUGCACUCGGUGGCUUUAAGGACUGAAUCAAGUAUUCAGAAUAGUGAAGCUUAUCCAGGAAACUUAAGUCCGCAUAAAAGCCGUAUGGGAGAAAUGUUUGCUUUCCACUCGACAACUAUGUCUAAUACUCUUAAUGCUCCUAUCAUUGUUUUUACCAGAACAGGAUCCAUGGCUAUUCUUUUGAGCCAUUAUAGGCCUUACUCGACAAUCUUUGCGUUCACAAAUCAAGAACGGAUUAAGCAGAGGUUGGCACUUUAUCAUGGGGUCAUGCCCAUAUUCAUGCAAUUUUCAAAUGAUGCAGAGGAGACCUUCUCUAGAGCCAUUAAGCUUCUCCUGAGUAAGGGUCAUUUGCUCGAGGGACAGCAUGUUACCCUUGUUCAAAGUGGAGCACAACCAAUCUGGCGUGAGGAAUCCACGCACCACAUACAAGUUCGUAAGGUUCAAGGAUAAGAUUUUUCUUUGCAGGUUCUUUUGUUCUCAAGACUGGACAAAAAGUUUUGGCUAUCUUGUAAGUUGUAUCUAGUUCUGUUUACUUUGAAUCAUAGGUUAUGCAUAUGUCAAAUUUGUAGCCAGUAAUACAAGUUGCUUUAUUCUGUUCUUUGUAAAUGAUCUAGAAAGAGCUGUGUACAGUACCAAAUGGUUCAAACCUGAAAUAAUGCAUGUACAUUCAAUUAGCCUAAUUAUAAUGUAUUAGAAGGCCCUUACGGAAUUUCUCUCUUUUGAACUUUUUUAUUGCCUUAAUU